AUGAGGCAUAUAGCCGAUCAGAAACGCCUUGAACUAGCAAGUGGUAAAGAAGAAAAGGAAGCUGCACGCUUUUUGGAUUCUGCGCGUGAAGCAGAGUUGGAAUGGCAGACAACUGCUGAUAAGUUUAAUUCGCUUCGCAAAGCAACUGCUGAUAAACUCGCCGAGCUCUGUCUGCCACCCGAGGCCAAGCAUCGUAUUGCUGGAAACGCCCCAUCAGGUCAUUAUGCCUACAAGCACAAGCUGUCUGAUGGAACAAGUCACCAAGAAGUACAGUACUCAUUUCUUGACCUGCACUUCACUCAUUAG